AUGAUGAAGUACACAGCAUUAGCUAUGAUGCUACUAGUAUACUUGACAAUCCAGAGCAACGCCGUGGAAACUUCGACGUACACAACCAAGUACGAUGGUAUAGAUUUAGACGAGAUCCUCAAUAACGAACGUCUGCUGACCGGCUAUGUCAACUGUCUGAUGGAUAAUGGACCUUGUACAGCAGAUGGGAAGGAGUUGAAAAGGAAUCUCCCUGAUGCAAUUGAGAAUGACUGUAAGAAAUGUACGGACAGACAGCGCGAAGGUGCAGACCGAGUGAUGCAUUAUCUCAUCGAUCACAGACCCGAGGACUGGACCAAAUUGGAGAAAAAAUACAAUUCAGAUGGAAGCUACAAGAUGAAGUAUCUAUCUCGUAAACCAGCUGAAGACAGUAAAGAAACGAACACCACAAAAUCUGAAGAGGAUACGAAGAAUGAAACCAAAGAAUCUACAUAAGCGAUAUAUGUUUAUAAGUCUCCUAUAACCGACAACAGAAUUUGCAACAGAUUGAUGGACAAGUAGAUUUUAAGGAAGCAGCUUAUAAUAAUAAUAAUGUGUGAGCAAUAGACUUGUGACUUAAGUUUUCUAUCCUUAAUGAAUUCUUCAUCGUUCCCUAUAUUGACCCCUGACCAUACUCGUAAAUCGAUAUGUAAGCACUAGAUUCGAUUGCCUUGAUAAUACUUAUGACUUAUAGUUAUGAUUGCUAUUUCCUUCGCUUCAAUCA